AUGGGUUCUUAACACAGAAUCGCAAUAGAAUCUAGGAAAGUUACGUUUUGCGUCGUAACAUUAGGAUUUGAAAAAAAAAUUAUCAUCUUGAAGAUUGCAUCGUACCAGGUAUUGAAGAAAAGCAUCAUGUUAGGGUAUAGAAAGGAAAUUCUAGACAAGUUAUUCAAGCAAGAUAUGUUAACUAUUAUAUCUCCCGGUCUUGGAUUACAUGAACUUGUUUUACAUUUCCUUGAAAGGUAUGUAUCUUCCAAUCAAAGCUCGAAUGAAACAAUGGAGGCAAACGGAAAUGUUAACGUUACACAAAGUAGCUGUGAUACAAUGAAACUUAUUCUUAUUCUUAAUAUGUCUCCGAAAGAAGAAGUUUUUUUUUUAAAUUUGACCAAAACACUCUUCAAUAACAGUUUUUGUGUGAGGACUCCAGAUGACUCUGCAGUCUUCGAAAGUAAAAAAAAACUACUUGGUCAUCGACAUUGUAUUUAUCCUUUAAGUGAUUUGACCAUUCAGCGUAGUGAUAUUAGGGAAAAAUUUUAUUUAAAGAGUGGUAUUGUUUUAAUGUCAAGUCGACUUGUUGUAACAGAUAUUCUAAGUGGCCGCUUACCUCGAUCAUUAAUAAACGGUUUAAUUAUUAUGAAUGCUCAUAAUGUUGCUCAACCAUUUUUGAAUACAUUAUUUGCAGUAAAACUUAUUCGAGAGGAAAAUCAAACAGCAUUUCUUAAAGCUUUUUCUGAUCUACCAGAAGGAUUUAAUCGAGAAACAUCUCACAUAGACCGUGUUUUAAAAGAUUUAUUUCUUCAGGAAAUUCAUUUAUGUCAUCGCUCAGAUCCUGAUGUGGAUGCAUCCCUCACAAUGCCGCAUCAACCAAUAACUUUUCAAGUAACGCCUCCUGUAACAAAGGCAAUGCAAGAUAUUCAGGCAAAUAUUAUUGAGUUAAUCAAAAAAGGUCUUUUACAUUUAAAACGCUUACCUCUUAUUGAUUUAUCCGAGUUAAAUUUGGAUGAAUGUUGCUUUAAAAAAGGUUGGGAUGCACUGUUAUAUCGUUUAUUAGAACCUGUAUGGGAUCAGCUUUCACGAAGGUAUAAACAAAUGAUUCAGGAAAUAAGCUUAUUUCGAAAACUUCUUGCUUCACUGGUCGAACUUGAUUCCAUUUCUUUUUUACAAUAUUUGGAAUCCCUUCGAAUGUCACUCGCACUUGACCAACGUUGGCUCCUUACUAUGGAAUGGGAUACAAUUAUCAAAUUAGCAAAAGAAAGAGUUUAUAAAGUCAACUUUUUGGAAAUGUCAACUUCAACGAAAAACCAAUCAAACAAAAUUGCUAUUUUUCAAUUGGAAACACCACCGAAAUGGACGGCUAUUAAACAAACAAUACGAGAAAUACGAGAUUCCUUUACUAAUAAUGGAGACAGAAAUGAUACAAUAAAAAAUGGAACGCCUUGUGUAUGCCGUUUACUUGUCGUAACAAGGGAGAUUCUAUCGUUUCAUCAGUUACAACAGGUUAUUCCUAAUUCUAUAGAAAAAGCUAAGGAAACUAUUUUAAAACAACUUCUUACACAUCAUGAAGAACAAAAACUACCUAGCCUUGAGAAGCCUUCUCACCAAAAUAUUAAUCAACACCCCACAAGCCUUUUAAACGAUCAACAAGAGAUUCCGGUUGAAAAUGCUCCUGAUGGUACUUACACUGAACAAACUUUAGACACAUCAAUAGAUUAUCCAAUUCAUGCUAACGAAUCCCCAACGAUCAUUAUCCCUUGCACUGAUUCCUUACUAUCGCUUCACAUAAAAGUUGUUUGCUUUAAGAGAGACUAUGAAUUGUAUGCUUUUCUACGCUCUUUUCAACCCGACGUUAUUAUUUUAUAUACCCCCUCUCUACCAUUCAUUCGAACUGUUGAAGUGUACUCGGCACAACUCCAAGCCCCGCCGAAGGAUCUCAAGAAGCGUAAGAUUCAAAUUAAUGAAGCUAGUACAGAAUCGACACUUACCUCUUUUAAAUUUCUUCAGACAGAUACAAAAGAAGAACCUCUGAAAAAGGAAGAAGAUAAAAUUAAUAAUGGUAAAACUCAUUCGUUCAAAAUUGUCAAGGUGUACAUUUAUAUUUUUUGUAAAACUGCAGAACAUCAAAAUUUUCUUUACACUGUUCAAAAUGAGCGCAAUACUUGGAAAUCUUUACGAAAACAAAAGAAAUUUUCAGUAAUAACAUCGAAAGAAUUGUUUUUAAAACAAACUAAUGUAUUAUGCGAUUUACUUGGUAAUUAUCCAUCAACCCAUCUAUCUUCUCGAAAAGGAGGCAUUCACAUACCGAAACGGCAAAAACUCGAUAUUGUAGAAGCACAACCACCGACUGUCAUAGUCGAUAUACGAGAAUUCGUAUCAGCCUUACCCUUCCACCUUUAUUCAAACAAAUUUCACAUUGUCCCCACUACUCUAUUGAUCGGGGAUUAUGUUUUAUCACGUGAUAUAUGCGUUGAAAGAAAAUCUAUAUCCGACUUUAUCUCAUCUUUACGUAGUGGAAGACUCUUUGAUCAAGCAACAGAAAUGUCUCGGAAUUACCUUUUUCCAACAUUAUUGAUAGAAUUUAAAUCGAACCGAACGUUUUCUUUCUCUUCUCAAGAAUGGAGUCAGGCCUUUAAACAAACCGAAAGUUGUUUUUCACUAAAAGAUCUUUUGAUCAAAUUUUAUAUUUUACUUUUGAAUAUACCACGCGUACGAUUGCUUUGGACAUGUUCUGGGUUUUUUACCGCCUCUCUUUUUCAUCAAAUAAAACAACGAAGAGAAGAACCCGAUCCUUUAAAAGCCGCGUUGCUUGGUUCCAAUAAUCUAUUAAUACAAAAGUUCCAUAAUGACCGUUUUGGUGACGUCUUGCGUCGUUUUCCAGGCGUGACAAGCAAAACAGCACCAAUUCUUUCACGUUCGAUUUCAAAUUUAUCAAAUUUAGCUAAAAUGGAAUUAAACCAAUUAAAAUUAAUUCUAGGAGAAUCCUCUGCCACGAUUUUGUAUAAUUUUUUGGACGUGAAACUUCAAAGUGUUACAGAUACCUAUGGUUGAAGGAAAGCAACAGUCAGUUGACAAGUUUUCACCCAAUUCAUGAGAAAAACUGAAUACGAUUUGAAUAGAAGGGAAAUCUGCUUAGCAAAACUUAGUAUUUUUCAGUUUUUGUGUUAUUGAGUUGUAUUUAAAAACUUUGAGACGUUUUAUGAGUGGCAUCUUAGCAAAAGUUUACAUGAAUCUUCCUGACAUUAAGCGUCACAGAUGCUUUUUCAGGUUAAAUUAAGCGAUGAGGUCUACUCAUACAAGUUUCGCACUUAUUAAACUAU